CUUUCCUGAACACUACUGUUGUUGGGAAACUCCAAUUGCUGACAGUAUUGCUUCAGUCAGUUUGAAAUAGAUUAAUAUACUUUUAUUUACUUUGUGACCUCAUCAGUUGUGUUUUAAAAUUGAUCUUAUUGACUGAAUCACGUUCCGAUACCAUUCUCGACAUAUUACUAUGGACAUCACGGAAAUGCAGGACCCUUUGGGCGUUUCAGCUUAUUCAGUUUUCCCAAUACCAUUAGACAAACAUAAUAAAAAGUCAGUUUUCUACACAAAGUUCCUUACGCCGCAUAAAUUUGCCUUAUGUUUAUUAAUUGAAUUUUACGCUCAGCAUGCUACUGCUCCGAGUUAUUCCACAUCCUUUCUGGAUAUAAUCUUGGAGUAUUUCGAUUCUUCUAAUUCGCUGCCUCAAAGUUUGAUCGACCUGCAUAAUGUAACAACAAAUCUUCCGAGUACUAUAGAUGGUUACAGUAUUUACGAUUUAUUACACGAACGGCUAUGGUCCUUACACUCCUAUGAAGAUAUUCAUGAAAUUUUUAUGUCCUUAGGGAGUUAUAUUACGAACUUGUAUGAGCCUGAUGAAGAACCUCCCUCUCAUAUGCUAUUCUCACCGUCUUCGAUUUUGUCUAUCUUCCUCCGAAAAUGUGUGGUAGAAUAUGAACAGCUAUCUUUUGAACAGGGAGUUGAGUUUUUCAAAUCUUUCCUUGAAUACCGUUCUCCGUCCAUGAAUUUUCGCAAAGACGGUGUAGAGUAUUGUAAAGUUAACGUACGCCAUGAACUUUUGGGUCUCGCAAGUAAUCAAACAUUACUUCAAUUGGCAUUCGGAAUUACUCCAGGCUGUCAAGCAACCCAAGAUAUUGAAGGGCUCAUUCAAUUACAAAUCCAGCACAUGCAGCGUUAUGGCUGCUUUUUACCAGAUGAAAUGAAACGAAAACUCCAUGAUAUUUUAGAAGCCGAAGGAAACCACUUGAAUACAAGCUACCACUUCAGGUUUCUAAAUGCUUGGUUUAAAGGUGAUUAUCAGCAAUCUAUAGAGAAUCUUUGCAGAUACUUUGACCAUGUCAUGCAUUCUAAUGAACGAGUCUCCUAUCAAUACGCUUUGUUAAACCUAAGCAUUCUUCAGGCUGAUUUUGGAUGCGACAAAGAAGCCUUGCGUGCUAUAGAAGAUACAAUUAAUACUGCACGAGAAAGCGGUGAUAUUGCCUGUCUAAACUUUGCUUUGGCUUGGAUGUAUGAAUUUAAAAGAUCUCAGCUUCCUUCUUCUAAAGACAAAAAUCCUGAAGAGGAAAACCAUAUUUUGGAGCAUUUGGCUAUAAAUAGUCAGGGUGCUCAAAUACCUGUUUUACAAUCCACAGUCCAUUUAAUGCAAGCUCAGCAUUAUUUGGACAAUGGUAAUAACCUGGUAGGCGUUUUUUCCAACUUGGCAAAAUCGUUUGCUUUGCAAUGUUAUAGCGAAUCCUUCCACUGUUUUUCGAGAUACAUGGACCUUACGCAAGAAAUAUGGUAUCGACUCGGCUGUUUCUCAUUAUGCUUUAAUUAUAUUAGUCUUUAUCAAAAUAGCUUUGUUCAGGAAGCUUCUAUUAUUGAUUUGGUUAAAAGCUACAUGAAUAAAGCCAGAAGACUAUUUGAAAAUGGUAAUUGGCCGGAUGUUUCUUCGACUUUACAAAUGGCAAAAAUGGAAUCGGAACGUUCUUUUCAAUCUGUUCACUUUUAUGGUCGUGAAAAAUGCUUUCUGUAUUUGGACAAAGCAUUAAAUGAAAAAAAUUAUAAAACAGCUAUUUUUCUCUUAAAAAGCUUGAAUGGAUUCCGACAUAGUAAGGAAUCCCUAUUCAAAACCCAUUAUUACACCCUUAAACUUGACAUAAGCUUAGGCAAUUUAAGUCAGUCUAUAGAUGCAAUUGAAAGUCUCUUGGAAGAUGAUGUGAAUCUCACAGUUGAAUGGAAGUUAAAGUUGAUGCUCCUCAAAGUUGAUGUUUAUGUCAACACGAAUGUACUUCACCGAGCCAUAUUCGAACUAUUAAAUAUUAUUGAGAUUUCCUCGUCUUCAUUUUUAAGACUUUAUUUAUUGGAAGCUUUAUGUCUUUUGUGUUUGAUUGGCAAUUUGGAUUGUAUCAAGUCUACUGAGCUUCUAGAUUCUUUAAUUCCUGAGAUCAUUGCAUCGGGGAAUAAGGCAUUGAUGGCAUUAUCCUUCUAUGCAUACACAUCCAUUCAGAUAUCUAAUUAUGACAAAUUGAAGCCAUCAAGGAUAUUUAUUACAAAGCUAUUAGACAACGCAUAUGAUGGUUACAAAAGCUGCUAUAUGAGAGAUAUGCAACAACGGAUAGCACUUCUGAAAAUCCGGUUUCUGAAGCAGAUAAAAGAUAAUCAGGCAAGUCGUUACACCGAACAGUAUUACAGAGAGUUUUUCAUGCUAAACGAGUAAGGCUCCGAGUCCAACCCAAAUAAUUCAACAAUAGAUUGUUCUAUCAACCUAAAAGAGCAAUGACUAGAUGUUUUAUAACCCCUAUGCCCAGUAUUCAACUGUACGACCAUUACUAAUGAGUUACAUUCUUAAAAUCAUAUGACAUAAAUAUACUCUACUUUCAAGUUACUUUCUUCAAACUACACAUGGACUGAUCAAUCCAUCAAAUAUAAUAUAAUAUAACUGAAAGGAACAGCAAUCUUUGAUCUAGAUGAAAGUAUCAUAAGGAGCAGGAUGAAGAGUGACGGGCAUGUUGUUCUCAAUGCUGACAACGUGAGCCUUGGCAGGAGGAGCAGGUUGACGGCGGAGUUGGACGGUCUUACCUUGAGUCUUAGCCUCCUUACGCUUUUCCUCAUUGGCUUUGACGCGGUUCAAGAAAUCUUGACGGCACUUAGAGUGCUUAACGUGUUCAAUACGGACGUUGACACGCUUCUCCAUAUAACGGUUGCCAACGAUCUUGUAAAUCAAGACACCGACGGAAGAUUGAGUAACGUUGUAAACAAUACCGGUCUUACCAUGGUAGUACUUGUGAGGCAUACCCUUUUGGACAGCACCAUUGGCCUUAAUGUCGACAAUAUCACCAACCUUGUAGGUCUUCAAGUAGGUGGACAAACGAAUUUGACCAUGCUCUCUGAAGCCACGUUGGAAAGUGUAACGGGUACGAGCUCUGAGACCGAAUGAAUGAGGCAUUGCUGUUCCUGGUUAAGCGCAGGAUGAAUGAACAAUUUCUCUUUGUGGUGUAGAAACUACCGUGACUGCUUUUUGUGGUAUGUUGCGAUACGCUAAAUUAGUUACCAACCGUAAUGUAACGAUGCAAGAGAAGAUCUAAUCAGAUGCAAAAUAAUGUUGAAUACCAUACGGUUUAUUGAGCGUUUGAAUGAGUACAUUUUCUAUGGAAUCAGGUAGGUGUUUUUCAUAAUUACUGAGAUUUAUGCACCUUGUUUAUAGAAUAACCAGCUAAACAACCGUUGAAUUUAUUGAUCACCCAUCAGAAAAACAUCCAAAGGUGGGAAAACGCAAAUAUAUACUAAAUUCCCAGAAUGACAAGAUCAUAAAAUAGCAGAUCAACUAAAAAAAGGAGGAUGGAAAUCCACAACAAUACAACCAUGAAAUUUGACACAUAGGAGUCUAUAGU